AUGCCGCAUCUCCCGAUAGUUUCGAAACAUCGACGAGCCUCGUUGACUAGUAGUCGCGGGUCCUCGAUAGACGAGUCGCGGCACCAUGGCGACGAACAUACCGAGGACGAGACAGUCAUGGACUCUGAGCAAGGCAGCAUGCUAUCCCACAUCAUAUCGCAAUUGCGACCUGGUGCCGACCUGAGCCGAGUGACGCUGCCUACCUUCAUUCUCGAGCCGCGGUCCAUGUUGGAGCGCAUCACAAACUUCAUGGCACACCCAGAGACGCUACUUCCUCUAUCAGAAAUCCAAGACCCUGUACAGCGCUUCGUAGCCGUGACCAAGUUCUAUCUUAGUGGAUGGCACAUCAAACCCCCAGGCGUCAAAAAGCCAUUGAACCCCAUCCUGGGCGAAAUAUUCACUGGCUACUGGGAUUAUCCUGAUGGCACCAAGGGCUACUACAUCGCCGAGCAGACGUCACAUCAUCCGCCCAAGUCGAGCUAUUUCUUCAUGGCGCCCGAACACAAUAUCCGCGUCGACGGUACCCUCAAGCCUCGGAGUAAAUUCUUGGGCAAUUCAGCGGCCAGCAUGAUGGAGGGCAUCGCGGUCCUGAGAUUACUGAAUACGGGAGAGCGAUUCUUCGUCACACAACCAAACAUCUACGUUCGAGGCAUUCUAUUCGGAACCAUGAAGUAUGAGCUUGGUGAUCACGCCUACGUACGCUGCCCGGAGACCGGCAUGAGCGCCGACAUCGAGUUUAAAUCCAAAGGCUACUUCAGUGGAACGUACAAUGCGAUCGGUGGUUUCAUCAAGGAUGCGCAAGGCAAGAACUUGUACGAGUUCUCAGGCCUGUGGAAUGAUGAAAUGUACAUCAAGGAUCUCACGACUGGCAAGAAAGAGCUUAUGCUGGACACGACCCGUACAAAACAUACACCUCCCAUGACUCGGCCGCUGGAAGAGCAGGACGAGCGUGAGUCACAACGGCUAUGGUAUGAUGUGUGCGAAGCUGUGAAGAGAAGAGACCAAGAGGUCGCCACAGAAGCAAAGGCAAAGAUUGAAGACAGGCAACGCGAGGAAACAGCCAAGCGUAAUAGUGACGGCAUCGACUGGCAUCCCCGGCUGUUCAAGCGCGUCGAACCUGGCGACGAGGAAGAUUUGGAUUGGAUCAUCAACGCCAAAGUAGACGGCAAGACUCCUGAUGAACAGACAAAGCAGAUUCUGCAGAUUUAUGCCAUACUCCCAGGCCAGAAACCGGACCGUCAGUUCAACAUCCCCUCACGCACACAUGACCCUCGCCCAACCCAAACUCACCCAGCACAGCCAGCAACGGUAGAACAAGCCCCUCAACUCAUUGAGCCCGCUACAAAUGGCCCCUCCGUGCCGCCCACCCAAUCUACCCAAUCCUCCCCUCCAUCCAGUGAUGGCCAACAGCAGGCCCUCGACCAGCAAUUCGUCGGCCUGUCCCUAGAAGGAAAGACGUCAUCACAUGCCCCCCUUUCACGACCCAGUAUCCCGAGCGACCCCUCCAAUCCGCCCUCGUUGCCAUUCCAGAAAGUUGCCACCGAGCCGGGGAAUUUGGAUCCGGAAAUGCAACGGAAGCUUGAGCAGGAAUUGCCCAAGAGUAAGUUAUUGCACAGUAACUCUGAGGCGGAGCCGCAGAAGAAGGAUCUUUUGAGGCGCAAGGAUAGUAAUACGGAAGAUGUGGAUGAGUUUCAUGAUGCGCAGUCGUAG